GCAAUGCUGGAAUUAAAUUCAAGAUAUUCAAGUAAGUCCGCCCAUGAUUUGACGUUGUGUUUUGAGCAGCAGUGAUGUGCGCCAGAGGAGGCGCGGCAGUCGCGCGACAGUCCGAGCGGCAUCUGAAUGCUCUGUUGAAGAGGAGAGCAUAACAUUACAUCAAAACAGCCUGAGGAAUCGGGAAGUUUCUGUAAAACCUGCCUCCGGACUGACCUGCUUCAAAUAAAGACUGCUGACAUACGGGGAAGUGUUCUUCACGUGUGGACAAUGGAUAAACCCAAAGUGCUGGAGCAGCUGUUGGAGCAGCUGCAGAGGUUCCUGAAGAACCUGGAUGAAGAAAAGCUGAGUGGAAAUGCCACUGUACAGAAGGGCAUGCUGACGGAGCUUCUGCAAUCUUACAAGUCUUCCAAUGGAGGAGAUGAAGAAUACAUCUAUAUGAAUAAGGUCAUCGUGACAGGUCAAAGCCUUGCCAAAAUAGACAGAGAUUAUAGAUCAGAAGCAGAGGCCAACGGAGAACCAGGUAAACACAUGCUAAUCCCUGUGAAGAACCCACCAGAACCUCCUCCUCCCAGACCAUGUAACCUAGGAAGGGAGCCUUUUCCUCUACCACCAACUCCAGCUCCAGCAUCUAUUGAGAGUGAAGGAUACUAUGAAGAGGCUCAACCCUAUGACUCAACCGUCAAUGAUUUUGGUUGCUUUGCCAUCAUCACAGGGACCAGGAAUCGCAUAGAAGCUUCACACAAUGUGGUCUAUUCUGUGAUUUCUCAGGAAGACAUAGAAGCAGUGAGCAGUUCAUAUGAGUCGUAUGAUGAGGAAGAAUUGAUUAAAGGCAAGUCGACAGCCCAGCACCAUUGGCCAUCCACAGAGGCGUCCAUCGAGCUAAUGAAGGAUGCCCGGAUCUGUGCUUUCCUCUGGAGGAAAAAGUGGCUUGGUCAGUGGGCCAAACAGCUGUGUGUCAUUCGAGAACAUCGUCUCCUGUGCUACAAAAGCUCAAAGGAUCAGACACCACUGCUGGACAUCAGUCUGCUGGGCUGCAGUGUCGUCUACAAAGAGAAACAAGCAAAGAGGAAAGAACACAAGCUGAAAAUAACUCCACUGGGUGGAGAAGCUAUCGUCCUGGGACUGCAGAGCAAAGAUCAGGCAGAACAAUGGCUGAAGGUGAUUCAGGAAAUUAGUCCUAAAAACAGUGCGGGAUCUGAUGUAACUGAUUCCCCAACACUCAGCUGUACUAAGGGUGAACAGACCGAGAGGUACUCAGUGGCAUCUGAAAGUGGGAGCAGCACAGACAGUCACACAGAGAACCUGGAGAACAAAGAUGUUAAGAAGAAGUACGGCAAGUUUAGUAACCUUAUAAACAUUGGGAAAAAAAAGGUUUCCUCUUUGGAGUCCCCUGACAAGACAGUGGAUGCAUCAGGCUACAUUAAUGUCCUUGUAAACACCCAAUGGCGAAGCCGGUGGUGCUCCGUAAAGAACAGGCAGCUUUGGAUCUACAAUGACAAAAGUAAAAGCAAAGUGGCCCAGCAGCCAGUGCCUCUAGAAGGGUGCAUGGUCCUGCCAGACCCCAGUCCCGAGCACCUGUAUUCAUUCCGUAUUCAGAUGGACGGAGAGGAGCUUGCAGCCUUAGAAGCUAAAUCCUCAGCUGAUAUGGGCCACUGGCUGGGGCUCAUACUUUCGCAGACCGGGACAAAAACAGACCCAGAAGAUCUCACCUACAACUAUGUAAACUCCGAGAGGUUAUCCAGUAUUAUCAAUGCUGCCAAGACAUCCAUGUAUCUAAUGCAGAGGAGGUACUCUGAGCCCAAUACGUAUACAGACAGCCCUCCAUCAGACCGUAGUGCCUGCGAUGACUUAUAUGAUGAUGUGGCAUCCAUAGGGAAUGAACAGGAGGAGGUUCAAGAGGAUCAAAAUGGCAGCGGUGAGAUGACAGCAAGUGCUGAUCAUAACGGAAAGGACAAAUUUUAUCUGGAUCUGAUCCCGGUUCGCUCUUUUCUGCACACAAGUUCAGGCAGAGUGUCACCCCAGAUGUCCAACUCUCCACAGACUGAGACCAGUCCAUCAGCUGUUCCACAUGAAGAGCAGCAGCACCCUGAGCCUGUAUAUGAAACCUCAUUACCAAGCAGCACAGAGCAACUUGAUCCUCCACCUCUUGCCCCAAGAGUAGACGCAGACCCAACUCCAUCCCCCAAUGUACACGUCCAGUCUCAAAGAAUCAGUUUCCUUGGUCAGGAAGUCCAGAAGAAGGCAUCUCCCACCUCACCACCAUCCCAAAUCCAAUCUCAAACAUCUGCACAUACUCCUCAGAGUCCACCAACCUCCAGAGGAAGAGCAGCCAGCACGGAUAGACUUCUUGAUAGACUCAAGUUCUCUCCAGCAGCAAGCUCAGGGCCAGUCGAGGUGAAGUUAGGGAAGAACAGAACAGAGGCCGACGUGCAUCGUUACACUGAUGACAGGGAUCGGUUGGAACGAGAGAGAGAGGAGGUGAAGAACACUCUCGCCACACUGAGGAAAGACAGACGGGAGGUGAAAGAGGAACUGAGCUCCUGCCAAGACCCGAACCAGCAGGCCUCUCUGGAGGCACGCCUGAAGCAGAUGGAGGAGACAUGUCGUGAGGCGGAGCACCGGCGAGUGGAGGUGGAGCUUAGUCUGGUGGAGGUGAAGGAGAAUUUGAGAAAGGUGGAAGCUGGACCUUUUACACUGGGCACCACAGUAGAUAGCAGUCUGCUGGACACUUCAACGCCCAAGGCAGCGCCUGUCUUCACCCCUGCUCCAAAUACAACCACGAAUAAUGGAGAUUCACCUGUCAACUCUGCCACAGCGCUGAAGAACAGACCCAUGUCCAUCAUGGCAUCCAGCAAAGGAAAUGUUCUGCAGAAGGCCAAGGAAUGGGAGAAAAAAUCCACAACCUAGUGGAUGGGAAUGAAAAGAGCAAAUUGACUUUUUAGCCAAAGCUCAAAUGACUGCUAAAGCAACUGCUUCAUGCAGGUUGGGAGAGAGGGUGUGUCCAGUGGUCUGCAGGCUCCACCCCUCUGAAACCACACCCUCCCCCAUACCUUCUAUUCUGCAAUCAAGAGGCUGAAACUGCACUGGGUACUGUGCAUGCAGGCAGCUGAUCCAAUACAAGUUCCCCAUGAUUCCCUGGCAAAUAAUGCCACUGGACAAUGAUAGAUUUUAAAUCUAUUUUAUGUUAGAAAAAGGGAGGGAUUUAACAAGUUUAUAUGUUUAUACAGUGGUGUGCACAUUACAUGAUGGAUGUUUCUGAAGCUUUAGAAUAGACCAAAAAAAGAGCUUGGAAGAGCAAUGAAAACCACUAUUUUUAGAUUAAUACAUGGAAUCUAAAAUCACAGUGAAGACCAUAAAAUCAGCCAUUUGGUACAUUGUAGCUUGGUUCAUGUAUACUGGUAGCCAAGAUGUGAAUAUACACAUAUAUUACAUAUCCAUUCAGUGUUGUUUUAAUUUGUUACUGUAUGCUAGCUGAAACAUGCAAAACUUUUUAUUCAAUAAAAGUUUGAACUCACAAAUAUGC